UAUAAUACAAAAAAAUGAAAUAAUUCCUUAUAAUUCUAUAUCUAAUAUCCUGUAUUAUCAGUUUUAGACUUCUUAAACAUAAAUGUGUUCACGAUUAAAUGAAAUAAAAAUACAAAUACAAAUCGAUACCACCUGAUAUGGAAUCUUUAGAUAUCCGUAAUUUAUAAAAUAAAACUCCCCGUAAUAUGGUAAUAACCUAUGACAUGUCUUAUUUUUCAAGAUUACCUUCUCAUGAUAGUAAUAAAUAAUUAAUUGGCUUAUGCGAGAAUGCCCUAUAAUUGGCAAUUGAUUAUUUUUCUCGUUUAAUAAAAAUAAUUCCAAAAUCUGAAGUAAAUAUGAGAUAUAAAUCUUCCAAAUGUGGAAAUGUUGUAGUUCCUUAAAUAGACAAAACUAAUGGAAAGAAUUCUGAUUUACAUUUAUAUAUAUAAUAUGAAAUGGAUCUUGAUUCGUAGUAUUAUGCCUCUGCAACUUGGUGUUAAUUUUUGGAUGGUCAAGGACCUUCUCAUGGUUUGAUUAACUUCAAUUUUGCUGAAAUAGUAAAUAUAGAAUUGACUGAUUAUAUUGAAUACAAAAAUUUAAUUGAAAUAAUUAUCCAUGAAAUUACUCAUAUAUUAGGUUUUAGCGAUGAUGAUAUGCCUAAAUGGAUAAAUUCUAAAGGAACUCCAUAUAGUAAACCUACUAUUACAUAAAAAAUAAGGGGAAUCGAUACUUUGUUGCUUAUAACUCCUCAUGUUUUGGAAUUUGCUCGUAAAUAUUUCAAUUGUCCUACCUUACCUGGUAUGCCUCUUUAAAAUUUAGGAAAUUAAAGUUCUAAAAAUUCUCAUUGGGAAAACACAAUUAUCCAAAACGAAUACAUGAAUGCAUCUGUAUCAAUGACUUAAGCUUAUUUUAGUGGUUUUACAACUAAUCUUUUAAGAGAUACAGGUUUUUAUGCUUAAAUAGACGAAUCUAUGGAAGAAUAAAUGUUCUAUGGAAAAGGAAAAGGCUGUGAACACGUUCUUAGUUAAUGUAGAACUUCAACAAGAGAAUUCUGUGAUCCUAAAACUGACGAGAAAUUAUGCGAUUUUUACCACAAUGGUCUUGCUACAUGUACAACUAGUUAAUUUAAUGAUCCUGGUUGCAAUAAUUUAUAUACCAAACCAGAAUAUAAAUGCUGGGAUGUUAAUAGUGAUUUGAACUAAAAUUAAUUUAUUGAAAGAAAUGGAAUUUACAUUGGGACUGAUUCGAGAUGUUUUAACUCAAACUUGCUUUCUAAAAAAAUAUAAAAAAAAAAUGAAAGAAUGGUGGGUUAUUGCUUUAAAUAUGAAUGCAAUGCAAAUGGAUAAUAAGUCACUAUACAUAUAUAAAAAGAAAAAAUAGUUUGUAGAAAUAAUAAAGAAAAAAUGACAGUUUAAAAUUAUUAAGGAUAUAUAGAAUGUCCGGAAAAUAUAUAAGAAUUUUGUGGGUUUAAAAAAAUAUGUCCAAAUUUCUGUAGUGGAAAAGGAUUUUGUUAAAAAAAUAAAUGUUAUUGUAUUAAAGGAUUCAGUGGAGAAGAUUGCUCUAAAAAAUAAAAAUUAUGA